UCACUUGAGUGUAUUGUAGAAGAAGGCAUAUUAACCUACACCAGGAAGCAAAGAGCUGGCAUACGAAAUGGAACUAUGAUGAGAUGAGAAAAUUCCCAGUAGAAAUACCACGGAAAACAACUCAUAAAAUAGACUGUAUAAGGCAUGAUGGAAUUCAUCAACCAGAAGCGCCAGGAGCCAUUAGGCAACCUCAUUCCGUUCCAAAAGGAAAACAAAACAUAUGUAAAAAAGAUGUCCGUGAUUUAGUUAGGCACGUAUGGACGCUGACAACUAAGUACAAAGACAUGGAUAAAGUAUGGUAAAAAAAAACAAUCAGCAGAUAGCAGAGUAAGAUACCAGAGGGCCAGCAGAAAGCAGAAUAAGAUACCAGAGGGCCAGGAAUGAGUACCUCAGUGUGAGGAGACAAGUAGAGAGACAGUAUGAAAGUGACAUAGCAAGUACAGCCAAGACUCAACCCAAACGUCGCCACAGCCACAUCAGGAGGAAAACAGCAGUGAGGGAACAGAUGAGGAACCUAAGAAAAGAGGAGGACAGGCGCACAGAGCAUAACUAUUACUUUACGUUUACUUAAGUUUAACUCAAGUAUAAAGUGACUAUUCUUCUCUUUAUUCAUGUUAUACAUAUUCUUCUUCAUUUCGUGAUGAGAGAGACGGGAGAACUUUACAGCUGUGAGAGCCGAGUUAAUCCACCUGGCUGGUGGCGCUGUUCACUUCCUCCCACCGGCAGCUCUUUCCGGUGUGACCAGUGACGAACUUCAGAGAUGAAGUUGCUGAAUGAGACUCGCUGUGUGAUGCUACUUUUGAUAGCUACGGGGAUGCUGCUCUCAGCAUCUUUGUCUACCAGAAUCAACCAUACCUUCAGGCUCCUCUUCAAGGGUGGACAGAUGAUUAAUGGGAUUUACUCCUAUGUUGGCCCAAACUUCAUUAUUCAAUGUGCAGGUAGAUGCGGCCAGAAGGUUGGGUGUUGGGCCUUCACAUGGGACAGCGUUAGCCUGGAGUGUCACCUGUUAAGUUACCUAACUAGUCCUGUCACAUUGCAGUCAGCAAGCGUCAGCCUUCACACCUACUACGUGGCUGACGUCAACAAUGUCAUAAUGACAAUGACAUCAUAUGUGUCUACUUGGAACGAAGGUCAGGCAGCUUGCGAGGCCCUGGGAGGUCGCAUGGCGGUCCCCGCCGAUGUCACAUACGGGUCCCUCUUACAAUAUGUCUUCAACACGGUUGCAUACUAUGUCGGUAUGUGGCGGUACGAGAAUAACAUAAAUAUAUGGUACGAUGUUGAUAGCAAAGUGGUUUCUAAUUGGAUGGUUAUAUCGACCUGUUCGUACCAGUCAAUUGUUAUGUUGAACAGUUUGUACGAGUCAAUGGUUAUGUCGAACAGUUCGUACGAGUCAAUGGUUAUGUCGAACAGUUCGUACGAGUCAUUGGCUAUGUCGAAUAGUUCGUACGAGUCAUUGGCUAUGUCGAAUAGUUCGUACGAGUCAAUGGCUAUGUGGGACAGUUGGUUCCAGCCAAAUGGUACAUGUUGUUAUUACGUAAACGGUGUUAUGGUGCAGGUUGAUUGUUCAUAUCCGGUCUGGAUACCUGUACUUUGUGAGGUGUGAAUUCCCGGCGAGAACACAACGUAAGCACAACAUUUGUUUACGUUUUUGCAACGUUAGUAGCAUUUGUAAGGUGGUAACGACGUAACAAAUUAAACGUUGUAGUUAGGUUGUGUGUUUGUUGGGGAAGAAUCAUCACAGAAAUCAAUUAGGAUAAUGGAAUAUUUAGAACUUUGUCAGCAUCUCAAUAUUAUCUGAUUUGCCAGCGUACUGGCUCUCUCUCACACACUCACUCACUUGUGUCUGUAUAUGGUGUGUAUCCACAGUGUGGUGUGGUGUGGUCUACACCGUGUGGUAUGGUGUGCCACUUAAGAACUGUUCGAAGAUAUUAAGAUCUUUUCGAAGAUAUUAAGAACUUUUCGAAGAUAUUAAGAACUGUUCGAAUGUAGUAAGAACUGUUCGAAUAUUUUAAGAUUUGUUAAGCAGCAAUUAGAAUUUGUCGAACGUGAACAAGGAAUAAAUGUGCACUUACCUAAUUGUGCUAGCGGGGGUUGAGCUCUGGCUCGUUGGUCAGGUGUUAGAUUCUAAUGGAGAACACUUUUCAUAACACUAUUCAUGAGAUAGAAGCAAGUUAACCUUAAAUUGAAUAUUUAAAUUAAAUAAUUAAGACGAAUAGUUAAAUAAUUAAAUCAAAUAAUUAUAUUGAAUAAUUAAACAAUUAAGUUGAAUAAAUAAAUUAUAUAAUUAAAUUGAAUAAUUAAAAUAAAUAAAAAAUAAUAAAAUAUAUCUCAACAGCUUUCAAAACUUUAUUAUAAUUCCGUGUUAAAUUAGUGACUUAUUUUAUAUAAUGAAUACUUCCCAAGGAAAGAGAGAUGCGAGAGGGGGCGGGGACCCACUAUAGUUAUUUAUAUAGUCUUUGGUCCUAGAGUCGAAUUUAGCUUGUACUAUGGACAAGAUAUAUAUAUAUCCCUACUUCUAUAAUUAUUACCAGUGUACAGGGCUGAUAUCCAUAUAUUUUGUAAUUUAUAUCGCUAGUUAAUAAUUAUAUACAUAUUUACACAUAAUUAUUUAUAUUUACGAGGCCCUUGGUCCCAGGGGUGAGAUUAGCUUGUGCUCUGGACUGGAUUAGAUCUAUAUUCCUAAUUAUGUUUUAUUGUCACUUAAAGGGUUGAAAUGUAUAUAUAUUUUGGUACUUUAUUUUUUAUUGAGCAAGUGACAUAUGGGAUGGGGUUUAUGCCCCUGUAAUUAUCAGAUAUAUUUUUUUAUCUUGAUACGGGGCAUGUGUACAUAUGUGGGGUUUUGUUGACGUGGCUGACACAGGCUGACGCAGGAUGACGCAUACUGACGCAAGGUGAU